AUGGGUGCCCGUUUGUCUACUGGAUCUCCGUCACCAGCACAUGUCCGUAGUGGUAGUACGGCAGCAACAACAACCACAACCGGUUCUUCAACACAUCAUCGCUCACAUCAUCAUGGAGAUGUGCAUCCACAAGAUUCAGACGCUAGUUCCGACGAGGAAUCACCAAGAGCUACUAGAAGAUUACAUCAUUUCUUAUUUGCUUUACGGGGUAAGUUAAACGACAUUCAGUGUCCUGUAUGCAGCAAAACUAUUCCAUCAGAUACAUUUGAUGUUCAUAUAUUACAGUGUUUAUCAAAACCAAGAAUUGAUUAUAAUGAAGACGUGUUGACCGAAGACAAAGGAGAAUGCGUUAUAUGUCUUGAAGAGUUAGAAGAUGGACAAAAAAUUGCACGGUUACCAUGCCUUUGCAUUUAUCAUAAACAAUCGAAUCAUGCCGUUCAUGAUAUGCCUUAG